AUGGAAUCAUGGCCAUUAGAAGUUAUCCGUGCAUAUGAUAGGUCAAAAUUUGGUCGCGAUGAAAUGAAAAAAUAUGAAUUAGUAGUUUAUAAACCUAUCGAACCGAUUUUACAAGAUGGUCCACAAUGUGGAAUUGUAGCUCUUGCAAUGGCUAUGAAUAUUAAUUCAUGUAAUACAACAGUACAAAAUAUAUUCAAUAAAGCUAAAGAACUUUUAUAUACAAUUCAAGGUGAAUUAUUUGAUGCUCGUAUUAUUCCUGAUCUAUGUAAACAAUUUAAUCUAACAGCUACACUUCAUCGAUGGACAAAUAUUACUGAUGUUAUUGAUUGUUUAAAAUCACAUCAUGUUUGUCUUAUACCAUAUGAUUCUGAUGCAAAUCAUGAACCAUGCCUUAAAAAAGGUCAUAAAGCUCAUUGGCUUCUUGUACAUGGUUAUUUAAAAGAAAUAACUACAUCUACAUCAAAUGAAAAUGAUUUAGUAUUAGUACAACAUGGAAAAAGUAAAUUUGUUGGUGCAUUUUCACUACUGGACCUUUUUCGAAGUAAUGGACAAUUAUUUGAAGUUGAUCCUAAACGUCGAAAUGAAUCAGAUUAUUAUGUACCACAAGAUGGAUCUCUUCAAGAAUCAUUGUGCAAUUUAUUUAUUGCAAUAUAA